AUGGCACAAGGUCUCAGUGACUCGCUUCUCCAGUUUGCCUUGGACAUGUACGGCAAACUGCAGUCCCAAAACAGGGGCGGCCAGAACAUCUUUUUCUCCCCGUUCAGCAUCGCCCUACCACUCACCAUGGCUCUCGCCGGAGCGCGCAACAACACCGCCGAACAACUCGCCGCCCUUCUUCAUGUCAAAAAUGAUCGGAGCAAAGUUCAGUGCAGUGUCACGAAAUUGCUCAAACAACUUUCGGAAUUCGCGCCGGACGUCGAGUUUCACGUGGCCAACCGUGUGUACGGCGACCAACGCUUCGCGUUCCAGAAGAGUUAUCGUUCCGACAUGGAGAACUCGUACGGCGCAACCGUCACGUCCGUCGACUUCUCCAAGAACCACGAAGAUGUUCGUCUGGAAGCCAACGAGUGGGUCUUGAAACAGACCGCCUCCAAGAUUCGGGAUCUGCUGCCACCAGGCAGCGUCGGCGCCAAUACCACGUUGCUACUGCUGAACGCCAUUUACUUCAAGGGUUUCUGGAGCUCGCCCUUCACGGCGCACCUUACCAAACCGCACGACUUUCACCUCGAUUCCGAGAACGUUGUGAAAGUGGACACCAUGUCCCAUGCUUACGGUUACAAAAUCAGCACUUCCAAGGAGCUCAGGGCUCGAGCCCUUGAGAUGCCCUACAGAGGCGGCAAGAUGUCCAUGGUCAUCCUACUACCGGACGAAGUGGAAGGCCUGCCCUUUCUGGAGAAGCACCUUACGUCGGUGACUCUUAGCACGUUGCUGGCGAGUCUCGAGCAAAACCCUAAAGUCUGCCUUACCCUUCCCAAGCUCAAGAUCGAGCGUGGCCUCGCUCUCAAGGAUGUUCUCAGGGCUCUCGGUGUCGUGGACUUGUUCAAGCCAGAGGUGGCCGACCUUUCGGGGAUCUUCGAGUCCGGCAAACCCGCGGUGACCGACAUCCUUCACAAGACGUUCCUCCAGGUUGACGAGGAAGGCACUGAAGCGGCGGCCGCGACGGGAACGAUCAUGACGUGCUGCGCCUACAAUACGCUGCCACCCACACUCUUUAAGGUGGACCACCCUUUCAUGUUCAUCAUUAAGACUAAUGAACCGGAUGUAAUCCUCUUUGUCGGAUCUGUACGCAGGCCCUAA